ACAGAGGGUGGAAAGGCGAGAGCGGAGCUCUAAGCCCGGCAGCCCGAGAGGAAGAUGAACAGCCCCAGGCCAGAGCCUCGGGCAGAGUGGACCCCGAGCCGCCCCCAGGUAGCCAGGAGCGGCCUCAGCGGCAGCCGCAAACUCCAGUAGCCGCCCGUGCUGCCCGUGGCUGGGGCGGAGGGCGGCCAGGGCUGGGGACCGAGGCUCCGCGCCACCUGCGCGCACGGCCUCACACCUGAACGCUGUCCUCCCGCGGACGAGACCGGCGGGCACUGCAAAGCUGGGACUCGUCUCUGAAGGAAAAAAAAUAGCGAGUAAGAAAUCCAGCACCAUUCUUCACUGACCCAUCCCGCUGCCCCUCUUGUUUCCCAAAUUUUUGAAAGCUGGCAAUUCUGACCUCAGUGUCCAAAAAUCGACAGCCACUGAGACCGGCUCUGAGAAGCUGAAGAUUUGGCCAUUUCCAGACUGAGCGGGACAAGGUGAAAAGCAGGUUGGAGGCGGGUCUAGGACAUCUCAGGGCUGACCCUGGGGGCUCGUGAGGCUGCCACCGCUGCUGCCGCUACAGACCCAGCCUUGCACUCCAAGGCUGCGCACCGCCAGCCACUAUCAUGUCCACUCCCGGGGUCAAUGCGUCAGCCUCCCUGAUCCCCGACCGGCUGAACAGCCCAGUGACCAUCCCGGCGGUGAUGUUCAUCUUCGGGGUGGUGGGCAACCUGGUGGCCAUCGUGGUGCUGUGCAAGUCGCGCAAGGAGCAGAAAGAGACGACCUUCUACACGCUGGUAUGUGGGCUGGCUGUCACCGACCUGUUGGGCACUUUGUUGGUGAGCCCGGUGACCAUCGCCACGUACAUGAAGGGCCAGUGGCCCGGGGGCCAGCCGCUGUGCGAGUACAGCACCUUCAUUCUGCUCUUCUUCAGCCUGUCCGGCCUCAGCAUCAUCUGCGCCAUGAGUGUCGAGCGCUACCUGGCCAUCAACCAUGCCUAUUUCUACAGCCACUACGUGGACAAGCGGUUGGCUGGCCUCACGCUCUUUGCAGUCUAUGCGUCCAACGUGCUCUUUUGCGCGCUGCCCAACAUGGGCCUCGGUAGCUCGCGGCUGCAGUACCCAGACACCUGGUGCUUCAUCGACUGGACCACCAACGUGACGGCGCACGCCGCCUACUCCUACAUGUACGCGGGCUUCAGCUCCUUCCUCAUUCUCGCCACCGUCCUCUGCAACGUGCUUGUGUGCGGCGCGCUGCUCCGCAUGCACCGCCAGUUCAUGCGCCGCACCUCGCUGGGCACCGAGCAGCACCACGCGGCCGCGGCCGCAGUGACCUCGGUUGCCUCCCGGGGCCACCCCGCUGCCUCCCCAGCCUUGCCGCGCCUCAGCGACUUUCGGCGCCGCCGGAGCUUCCGCCGCAUCGCGGGCGCCGAGAUCCAGAUGGUCAUCUUACUUAUUGCCACCUCCCUGGUGGUGCUCAUCUGCUCCAUCCCGCUCGUGGUGCGAGUAUUCGUCAACCAGUUGUAUCAGCCAAGUUUGGAGCGAGAAGUCAGUAAAAAUCCAGAUUUGCAGGCCAUCCGAAUUGCUUCUGUGAACCCCAUCCUAGACCCCUGGAUAUAUAUCCUCCUGAGAAAGACAGUGCUCAGUAAAGCAAUAGAGAAGAUCAAAUGCCUCUUCUGCCGCAUUGGCGGGUCCCGCAGAGAGCGCUCCGGACAGCACUGCUCAGACAGUCGAAGGACAUCUUCUGCCAUGUCAGGCCACUCUCGCUCCUUCAUCUCCCGGGAGCUGAAGGAGAUCAGCAGUACAUCUCAGACCCUCCUGCCAGACCUCUCACUGCCAGACCUCAGUGAAAAUGGCCUUGGAGGCAGGAAUUUGCUUCCAGGUGUGCCUGGCAUGGGCCUGGCCCAGGAAGACACCACCUCACUGAGGACUUUGCGAAUAUCAGAGACCUCAGACUCUUCACAGGGUCAGGACUCAGAGAGUGUCUUACUGGUGGAUGAGGCUGGUGGGAGCAGCAGGGCUGGGCCUGCCCCUAAGGGGAGCUCCCUGCAAGUCACAUUUCCCAGUGAAACACUGAACUUAUCAGAAAAAUGUAUAUAAUAGGUAAGGAAAGAAAUACAGUACUGUUUCUGGACCCUUAUAAAAUCCUGUGCAAUAGACACAUGUAUGUCACAUUUAGCUGUGCUCAGAAGGGCUAUCGUCAUCCUCCAACUCACAUUAGAGAACAUCCUGCCUUUUGAGCACUUUUCAAACAAUCGAGUUGACUCACAUGGGUCCUGAGGCCUGCAGCACGUCAGAUGCUACCCCACUAUGACAGAGGAUUGUGGUCACAACUUGAUGGCUGGGAAGACCUACCCUCAGUUUUUCUACUAGAUAGGAGAAUGGCAGGAGUGUGGCUGCUGUCAUAACAUCCAGAGCUUCGUCGUAUUUGGCACACAGCAGAGGCCCAGAUAUUAGAAAGGCUCUAUUCCAAUAAACUAUGAGGACUGUCUAAUGGAUGAUUUAAGUGUCUCACUAAAGCAUGAAAUGUGAAUUUUUAUUGUUGUACAUAUGAUUUAAGGUAUUUAAGGUAUUUUCUUCUCUGUGAGAAGGUUUAUUGUUAAUACAAGGUAUAAUAAAAUUAUCACAACCCCUCUCCUUCCAGUUAUAACCAGCUGAAGUUGCAGAUGUUAGAUAUUUUUCAUAAACAAGUUCGAGUCAAAGUUGAAAAUUCAUAGUAAGAUUCAUAUCUAUAAAAUAGAUACAAAUUUUUAAGAGAAAGAGUUUGGUAUUAUCAAAGGGA